AUGGCGGUUAAUCGCAUUCGCGGCGCCUUCGCCGUGCCCCGAAAGGGUGAAACGUUUGAGUUGCGGGCUGGUCUGGUGUCCCAGUAUGCCUACGAGCGCAAGGAGUCCAUUCAGAAGACUAUCAUGGCCAUGACUCUGGGCAAGGAUGUGUCUGCCUUGUUUCCAGAUGUGCUGAAAAACAUUGCAACCGCCGACCUAGAUCAGAAGAAACUCGUCUAUCUUUAUCUCAUGAAUUACGCCAAGUCACACCCCGAUCUAUGCAUUCUCGCUGUAAAUACCUUUGUGCAAGAUUCAGAAGACCCGAACCCCCUAAUAAGAGCGCUCGCUAUUCGAACCAUGGGCUGUAUUCGAGUCGACAAAAUGGUGGACUACAUGGAAGAACCACUGCGGAAAACAUUACGAGACGAAUCACCAUACGUGCGAAAAACCGCCGCCAUCUGCGUCGCCAAGCUAUUCGAUCUUAACCCUGCCAUGUGUAUCGAGAAUGGUUUCUUGGAGACGCUGCAAGAGUUGAUUGGCGACCCUAACCCCAUGGUAGUCGCCAACUCCGUACAAGCCCUGUCUGAAAUCACCGAAACUGCACCCGAAACGAGAGCGCUGGUUGUGACUUCGGCGACUUUGAAAAAGCUGCUGAUGGCUCUGAAUGAGUGUACCGAGUGGGGAAGAAUCAUCAUUCUUACCACCUUGGCCGACUACCCAUCAUCAGAUGUCAAGGAGUCGGAACACAUUUGCGAACGAGUCGUACCACAAUUCCAGCAUGUCAAUCCGGCCGUUGUAUUGGCCGCCGUCAAGGUAGUUUUUAUCCACAUGAAGGCAGUCAACCACGAGCUGGUUCGAUCCUUGCUCAAGAAGAUGGGACCUCCGCUUGUAACUUUGGUCGCGUCGGCACCCGAGGUGCAAUAUGUUGCCCUGCGAAAUAUUGACCUUCUCCUUCAGGCCAAGCCUGACAUCCUUAGCAAAGAAUUGCGAGUUUUCUUCUGUAAAUACAACGACCCACCCUACGUCAAACUCCAGAAGCUCGAAAUUAUGGUUCGGAUAGCAAACGAGAAGAAUUACGAACAGCUCCUGGCCGAGUUGAAGGAAUACGCGCUGGAAGUCGAUAUGGACUUUGUCCGCCGCGCUGUCAGAGCUAUCGGACAAGUUGCCAUCAAAAUCGAAGAAGCUAGCGCAAAGUGCGUGCAAGCCUUGGAAGACUUGCUUGCCGCCAAGGUCAACUAUGUGGUGCAAGAGGCCAUCGUGGUCAUCAAGGACAUUUUGCGCAAAUAUCCUGGCUACGAGGGUGUGAUUCCUACCUUGUGUGAGCAUAUCGAUGAACUUGAUGAGCCUGAAGCACGGGGGUCUCUCAUUUGGAUCGUUGGCGAGUACGCCGAGAAGAUUAGCAACGCCGAUGAAAUAUUGGAGAGCUUUGUCGAAGGAUUUAUGGAAGAGUUUACUCAAACGCAAUUGCAAAUAUUAACGGCAGUGGUUAAGCUCUUCCUGAAGAAGCCCGGCAACACUCAAGGACUUGUGCAAAAGGUAUUGCAGGCUGCGACUGCGGAGAAUGACAACCCGGACAUCCGGGACAGAGCCUAUGUCUACUGGCGUUUGCUAUCUGGUGAUUUAGAUGUUGCGAAGAAUAUUGUCCUUUCCCAAAAGCCUACCAUCUCCACCACUAUGACCAGCUUGCCGCCUUCACUACUGGAGCAGCUGCUUUCAGAGCUGUCGACCCUAGCUUCAGUGUACCACAAACCUCCGGAGUCAUUUGUUGGUAAGGGACGUUUCGGAGCGGACGAAAUUCAACGAGCAGCCAUCCAGGAGCAAAGACAAAACGCCGCCGACAACCCCAUCGCUGCGUCCGUGGCAGCAGCGGCCGCCAAUGGUACUGGCUCUGGCGCUUCGCAAAACAACAUUGAAAACUUGCUUGACAUCGACUUUGAUGGCGCCGCUCCCGCAUCUCACGAGCAACAGAGCGCGACAGCAACGCCCGACCGAGUGGCCAGCCCGGCCGGUGGCGCCGCAUCUGGCGGUAUGGCAGAUAUGAUGAGCAUGUUCGAUGCCCCUCCAAUGGAGUCAAACAACAACGGGGCUGCAGCAGGACCUAGCUCUGGCAGUGGUAUGAAUGAUUUGAUGAGCGGCUUUGACGGGUUGAACUUUGGCAAUACCAAUUCGGGCCAGCCCCUGCCAGCGGCAAUGCAGCUUAAUAGUGCGCAGGGCGGAAGUACCACACAGACGCAGCAGAAGGACAGUGAUGACUUGUUGGGUUUGCUGUAA